AUGUCUGACAAUAAGAACGCAUCCAAAAACGAUCAAGAUCCUGAAUUAGACGAUUUAUUGAACAGUGCACUUCAGGAUAUGACAAAGAAGAAAGAUGAUAAGCCAAACGAUACCACUCCUGAUGGUGGCGAAGCAAUGCAGAACAUGUGGGGCGAGGAAUUUAUCAAAGAAGCAGCUGCUCAGUUUGAGAGCAACAUGGCAGCUAUCCUAGGCAGUUUCAGUGGAGUGCCAGAGGAUCAGAUAACACAAGAACAAAUUGCAUUAACUUUCAACAAAAUGGCUGAAGCAGCAUCACAGGUGUUAAAGCAAGGUGAAUCGAGUGAAACAGAACCAAAGACAGAUGACACGGCAGUACCGAAGGCAGAUCAGGUCUCGGCAGCCAUUUCGCAGACAUUACAGAAUUUGAACUCCAACUCUGAGAACCUUCAGACGCCUUUCUCAGAACAAGAUCUAGCGAACAUGUUUAAUAAUUUCAAUUUAGGUGAAGGGGGCCAGGAAGGAAACAUGUUCCUGCCCUUCAUGCAGGGGAUGAUGCAGUCGCUCUUAUCGAAAGAAGUUUUAUACCCAUCUUUGAAGGAGCUAGUCGACAAAUAUCCAAGUUGGUUGAACGAGAACAAGGCAAAGAUUGAACAAAGCGAAUACGAAAGAUUCGAAAAACAGCAAACGUUAAUGCAGCAAGUAUGUGCUGAACUCGAGAACGAAUUGGAUAGUGACAGUGAAGAAGUUAAGAGAAAACGCUUCGAGAAAGUGUUGGAGUUGAUGCAGAAGAUGCAAGACCUAGGCCAGCCUCCCACUGAGCUGGUCGGGGAUAUAGGACCGGUACCUCAGAGCUUCGGUCCAGCGGCACAGGAUCCAUCACAAUGUUGCAUCAACUAGACGUCUAACAACUCGAGGGUGGGAUGAUGGAUUAUUUAAGGACGUGGACCUGAUGAUUGUCAAGUCGUUGGUCUGAUUUCUGCGAGUACAGUGGAGCCGUACUACUCAGAAAUUGAAGAUCAAGCACAACUAGUAUUCUUCACCCAGUAAUCAAAAUCCGACUUUAAUCAUGUGUCCGUGAGAUAAGACUUAGAUUAAUUUCAUGUUUAUCAUUUUUUUUUUGUUAAGUCAUUAAUAGCUUCAACAAACAGAAGAGGAAAUGGUACAUAGUGUUUCGUUUUUGCCAAUUUGGAUAUAGGUGAUUUCUUUUUGGUAAAAGUUCCUCCCGUAAAUGUUAGAUCUUGUAUACGGGCUGUAUGAUGGGUUGAAAACGAGGGCAGGUCCAGCUGGUAAAUUCUAAUACAGUAGUACUAUAAAAUAUUAACUAUAUCAAAGGGUGUAAUGCUAUUCGGUUUAAGCUCCAUUUUGAUUAAAACGCGACAUUUAUCUUUGUAAUUAAAAGGUGCGUUUUAUUCGGUAUUAGUAUCAACAAUUUGAUGUUUUUAAUUAAACUUCAAUUAAGUUUACACCAUUCAAAUAGCCCAAGAAAUGUUUUCCAAAUUUUUACUUCUCCUCCUCUCUCCUGUCAAAUAUUGUUUAAACAAAAUUGCCUUUCAACCCUCAAAUCGAUGCCUCCAAUGAACACUAUGCUAACUCCAAAUUCGUAGAUUUACAGGAGGAGCGUUUAAA